AUGUGCAGUGCUGAAUCGGAGGAAGAAAUGGAAAGCGAAGAUGAUGAUGCGAUAGAGCAUGAUGAUGUCUGCUCCCGAUGUGGUCAUGGAGGUGAACUGAUAUGUUGUGAUAAUUGUCCUAAGGCCUUUCAUAUGGAGUGUUGUAAACCAGUUGUACGCAAGGUGCCAAAGGGACAUUGGGAAUGUGAGAGCUGCAAGAAAGGAUCCAAGUCAGCUGCCAUUAGAGUACCAACAGGCAUCAAAGGACCAGCUAAGAAGUUUGCCUCUAAACCUGCCAAGAAGGAGAAUCCUAAAAGUCAACCCAAGGCUGAAGAGAAGACUGGUUCUAGGAGCCGGUCUCAGAGUAGGGGACGUCAAUCCAGACAGAAUACACCAGAACCAAGCCAGUCAACCAAAGCCUCCAAGAAAGAUUCUGAACCUGUCUUGGGUGCUAGUGGAAAGAAAGGUCAGCAGAGCGCUCAAGAUAAGAAAGGGCAACAGUCUUUAUCAUCCCUGGAAACCAGAGGAAGGUCAAAGUUUCAAGAGAAGGGAGGUCGGGGGUCAUCCUUGGAGAGGAGGGGUCAGAAACGAAGUAUUAGAAUGGAUUCUACAGACUCAGAGUCAUCGCAGGAGGAAGUCCAGAAGAAAAGGAAUUCUGGAAAGGCUCUUUUCAAAGUAGCCCUUAAUGGAAGCAUGAAUGCAGAUGAUUCAGCUUCUGAUUCAUCAGGGCCAUCAGCUAAGAAUCGCAGAUCAUCCAGUGGACGUGGUCGAGGGGAUCUAACACAGAUCAACAAGUGUGAAGCAUUAUUAAAGGAACUCAUCAAGCAUCCAGAUGCACGUCCAUUCCUUAAUGCUGUCAGCAAGAAAGCAGCCCCUGAUUACUAUCGUAUCAUCAAGCGUCCCAUGGACUUUUCAGCAAUGCAGACCAAGGUCAAUGAUUACCAGUACUCUAAUGCAGCUGAGCUCAUCGCCGAUGCUAGACUCAUUUUUACCAACUGUCAACAGUACAACCGUAGAUCAAGCCCAGAAUACAAGGCUGGACUUAAAGUAUCUGCCUUCCUUGAGAAGCGAAUCAAAGAACUAGACAUUGAGGUUAGCCUUGAAGAUGGUGGCACUGCUGAUACGGACACGCCCACUUCAAGAAAGCGCUCCCGGCAACGAUAA